AUGGACACCCUGGAGAUUCUGCUACUGGGCGUCGUGGGUUUUGCUGUUCUGCUGUCUUUACUUGUGGAUUUGAAUCAGAGCAAAGUGAAAGGCAGUGACCCAUAUUUCUUGGAUUCAGGCAAGUGGGAAGAGAAGAUAAAAAUCCCCAAUUCUGGAAACCCUAAUCCGGCGGGCGAUGAGAUUAUCGACGAUUGGGAGGGAAUAGAGAGGAGUGAAUUGGAAAAGCUCUUUGGGGAAGCUGUGGUUUUCGCGAGCCACAAGAACAAUGAGGAUAAGAUUAAUGGAGACGUCAAGUUGCAGCUCUACGGCCUUCAGAAAAUUGCUCUUCAAGGCCCUUUAAGCCAUUCCUCGCAGCCGCCAUUGGCAUUGAAGCUUUCUGCUCGAGCAAAGUGGAGUGCUUGGCGAAAGCUGGGAGACAUGAGCCCAGAAAUGGCUAUGGAGAAAUAUGUCAACGUUUUGGCUGAGGCCAUUCCAUGCUGGAAGGCACAUGACUCAUUCGUGACUGGUUUGAAGGAGCAUUAUCCAUCGUUGUAA